AUGUCCAAACAAGAAGUUGUCACGGAUUAUGUGACGGACCCGACUGCCACUGGCCACUGGUCCGAUGACGAGCACCACCACCAGAGCAGUCUCAAGACGACGUCUGCUCCUCCGCAACAGGGUGGUGUCGUCGCUCACUUUACUGGCGACAUUCGUCCGACCAUCUUUGCCGAGCUUCAGCUAUUGCUUCUCACAUUUUGCACCGGGAUUCAAGACGCCACCACCUUUCCCGAUUACCACUGCUUCGCCUCCAACCAGACCGGCAACACCGUUCUCCUGUGUCUGGCCAUCGUCUUCCCCCAAGCCAACGGAGACCUGUUCAUCAUCCCCAACAUCGGCAUGGCCCUCGGUCUCUUCCUCAGCGCCGGCUGGCUCACCGGACAGCUCGGCCACCUCGUCGGCCCCCGCAAGCGGUGGUGGCUCAUCCUCUGCAACCUGAUCCAGACCGCGCUCGUCUUCGGCGCCGCCGCGGUGCAGUACAAGCACGGCCUCGACGACCGCGGCCCGGCUGCCCUCGCCGUCAUCGGCCUGCUGGCCAGCGCGUCUGGCAGCCAGGUCGUGCAGUCCCGCAGCCUCGCCAUGACGGAGAUCAGCACGGCCAUGGCGACGGCCGCGUGGGUCGAUCUGAUCAUCGAUCAGAAGCUCUUUGCCCUCAAGAAUCGUCCCCGAACACGUCGGGUGUCUUUCCUUGUGGCCCUCAUCGUCGGUUCUCUAGUCGGUGCUCUCAUUUACAGAGAGGCUGGGUCCCCGACUGCCAUCGCCGUCUCCGGUGCUGGCAAGCUCAUUGUCACGCUCAUGUUCAUUUUCACGAACGCGGAAAAAGAGCAGAAAAAUGCUUCGGCUGUUUGA